AUGAGCCCCUGGGCAAGCGUUUUAGAGGUAGUAGCUGCCAACAAUCCAGUGAAUAGGGCAAUUGCUGCAGCCCGUACUCGUGCAGGUGGGCGUGGAGGUGGACAAGGUGGUGCCCGUGGAGGACGUACGCCGACAGGAACACGCCAAGACACAGCCAAUUUGAGGGUAUUUAGUCAAGAGGAGGCCUACAGCAGUACAGCUCUGUCAACACCUACGCAGCGGCUCACUCAGGAGGUCAACGUUGUUCAAGAGACUCAGUUCACGUUUCAAAUUGACCCUCAGCUCACGCAGCCGAGCCAGCUCACGCAGCCCAGCCUUACGCAGACUAGCCAGCUUACUAACCAAACUCAACACCAAGCUACAGCUCCUAAGCGUCGUGGGUGCCCUCGCAAGAACCCAGAGGACGGCGUACAGAAGGCCCCGCGGAAGACAACAAAGAAGGUUGCCUUGGCAGACCUGAAGCGACAACUAGAGGCUUCUAACGUAGCCAAUAUAGCCCUUCAGCGUCGCCUAGAGGUCAUGGAGAGUACAGAGGGGCGUGUGGAGGGGCGUGAGGUGCGUGUAGGAGGGCAGCCAGGUGUUGAGGCUGCACCGUGGCUUCGCGACCCACUGCUGGAUGAGCUUGAGGGUGAGUAUGGUGCCGAGAUGUAGGAGGCGAUGGAGGGGCACGGAUUGCGAUGGAAAAGGGCGCCUACAAGGUGCGAUUUUGACGGUUUUGGCAUGCUUGUAGGCCUCUGGGCACUGUACAUAGCUAUACAGCAC